AUGAAACAGCAAAAGGUGAUUGAAGAAUCCCAUAGUUCUUGGAUUUCAGCUGCGGUUAUGGUGAAGAAGAAGGACGGGACAUUAAGGUUCUGUAUGGAUUACAGAAAGCUCAACGCAAUCACUGAGAAGGAUUGUUACCCAUUGCCAAAAAUUUAUGAUCUUCUUGAUCAAUUGGUCAAGAAAUUCUUGGUUUUCCACGUUGGAUUUAAAAAGUGGGUACUGGCAGCAAACGCUGACACUGCGAUUCUUCCGCACAUCAAAGAUUUAAUCAUGAAUCCACCAUCGAACAAUAAAUACGACGCCUUAAAGGAGCGUGUGUUAAACAUUUUCUCGGUGUCCCAGAGCGCUAAACUGCGGCAAUUACUAAAGGGACAGGUUCUCGGCGAUAAGAAACCGUCCCAUUUUUUAUUAAAACUUAAAAAUUUGGCUGGAGACCAAGUCACCGAUAGCAUUCUUAAAACGUUGUUCAUGGAACAGCUGCCGGAAAACUAUCGUAUAAUUUUAGCGACGAUCGAUGAGCCUGACCUCGACAAGUUCGCGACGAUAGCCGACAAGAUCGCGGAUUCAAUGACAAUGAAACUAUUGAAUAACUCAGCUGCGAUGACGAGUUCGGGACCAGGAGAUAUGUCGGCCUGCCACGCUCAAUCGUCCUCCGUUAGCGGCGCCAACGAUGCAUCCGAGAUAUCGGUUUAA